UAGCCAUCGAUCUGCUUUAUUACAAAAACUUGCUGAUCACCACAUUUUUUUUUUCGCUUUACCUUUCGAUCAUACCAUGGCUGUUGAUUCAACUCUCCCAUCUCCGCUUGGCCCUCCCGCUUGUGAGAAGGAUGCCAAAGCUCUUCAAUUCGUUGAAGAGAUAACCAAAAAUGUUGAUUCUGUGCAAGAGAGGGUCUUGGGUGAGAUCCUAAGUCGAAAUGCAGAGACUGAGUAUCUCAAACGGUACAAGCUCAAUGGAGCUACGGACCGGGACACGUUCAAGUCUAAAAUCCCCGUUGUCACUUAUGAGGAUCUCCAGCCUGAGAUCCAACGCAUCGCCAACGGUGACAAAUCUCCUAUCUUAUCUGCUCACCCAAUUUCAGAGUUUCUCACGAGUUCUGGGACUUCAGCUGGAGAAAGGAAAUUGAUGCCAACAAUUCAUGAAGAAUUGGAUCGCCGUCAACUCUUGUACAGUCUUCUCAUGCCGGUGAUGAACCUGUACGUUCCGGGAUUGGACAAAGGGAAGGGUCUUUAUUUCUUGUUUGUGAAAGCUGAAACAAAGACUCCUGGAGGGCUUUUGGCACGCCCUGUUCUCACAAGCUACUACAAAAGCGAACACUUUAAGACCAGGCCAUAUGACCCUUUCAACGUUUACACCAGCCCCAACGAAGCCAUUCUUUGCGCCGACUCUUUCCAGAGCAUGUAUAGCCAGAUGCUCUGUGGGUUGAUCAUGAGGGAAGAGGUUCUUCGUGUUGGUGCCGUGUUCGCCUCUGGCCUACUCAGGGCCAUUCAUUUCCUUCAAAUCAACUGGAAACAACUUGCUCAUGACAUCACAACGGGAACCUUGAACCCUAAAGUAACAGAUGCCUCAAUUCGAGAAUGUAUGAGCAAAAUCUUGAAGCCUAACCAGGAACUUGCUGAGUUCAUCACCAAGGAGUGCUUGGAGGAGAACUGGGAAGGUAUUAUCACUAGAAUUUGGCCCAACACGAAGUACCUUGACGUGAUCGUCACGGGAGCCAUGGCUCAAUAUAUUCCCACACUGGAAUAUUACAGCGGUGGCUUGCCAAUGGCUUGCACCAUGUACGCUUCGUCAGAGUGUUAUUUUGGUCUUAACCUCAAGCCAAUGUGCAAGCCAUCCGAAGUCACGUACACUAUAAUGCCAAACAUGGCUUACUUCGAGUUCUGGCCUCAUGAAUCAUCCACUUCUGUUCUGUCUCGUGACUCGCCUCCACGCCUUGUUGAUCUCGCUGAUCUAGAAGUUGGCAAAGAAUACGAGCUCAUCAUCACUACUUACGCGGGGUUGUGUCGUUACAGAGUCGGUGAUAUCCUUCAAGUCACCGGUUUCCACAACGCAGCUCCACAAUUUCGUUUCAUUAGGAGAAAGAACGUUUUGUUGAGCAUCGAGGCAGACAAGACUGAUGAAGCUGAGCUGCAAAAGGCCAUGGAAAAUGCUUCCGUAUUGCUUAAGGAAUUCAAUACUAGCGUUGUUGAGUACACAAGCUACGCGGACACCAAAGAAAUACCAGGUCAUUACGUCAUUUACUGGGAAUUACUCAUCAAAGACCCAGCUAAUGCUCCGACGGAUGCGGUUUUGAACCAAUGCUGCUUACAAAUGGAGGAAUCAUUGAACUCUGUGUACCGUCAAAGCCGAGUUGCAGACAACUCAAUCGGCCCACUCGAGAUAAGAGUAGUGAAAGACGGCACAUUCGAAGAGCUAAUGGACUACGCAAUUUCAAGGGGUGCCUCCAUAAAUCAAUACAAAGUUCCAAGAUGUGUCAGCUUCACUCCAAUCAUGGAACUUCUCGACUCAAGGGUGGUUUCAAAACAUUUCAGUCCAGCUUUACCACACUGGACCCCAGAACGUCGUCGUUGAGCACUACUGCAUGAGGCAUAGUCGUUUGCAGAGAAAGAAUAAAAACUCUAGAAAGAAUCUGCCUGGCUACCAACCAAAAAAAACAACAGCAUCUUUCUGCAAAAGAAGAAAAAAUUUAGACAACGUAACAGUAGUCUCCCUUUUUUUUUUUAUUACUUAGUUUUUCUUUUGAAAAAAAUGGGGGGGCAAAGGUUUCGGUUUGUGUUUGUGUAAUAAGUUCAUAUAAUCUUUGUGCACGCCAUGAUGUAAUUUUUCGUUCUUGUCCAUUUCAUGUUUGUCUGUCCCUCAAUUUGUUAUCGUUUGUAGAUCUGUCUUUUCUUGCUUUUCUUAAAGUUGAGGAAAAGACCUUAAAAGAUGUAAGUCGUGAACAGCUAUAAUAUGAUGUCAAACGUUGUAAAUC